CGCUACGAUAAUUCAAGUAAUGACGUGUCUUAUAAGCAACAGAGCUGAAGAGAGACUCAUGCAACUCGAUAUGUUUCGUAUUUGUUUAUUUUGUAACAUAUUGAGAAUUUACAGUUGAGGUUAAGUGCAGUGUGAUGCGGAGAGAUAUUUUACUGAUUGUGCUGACACUCGUUAAUGUUGGAAGUUUUCACGAAGAAAAACCAGAUACACUGCUUUGCCGUCAGUGUGGUGCUGAUGUAGGACAUUCGAAGCACAUAUUUAAUGUUUACAGUCCCUCAGGGACUGUUCUUCGUAACCAGACGUGGUUUGGUAAAAAGUUUGUUGAUGUUCACAUUUUCGAAAACCCAUUGGGUAUUAAGUUCCGCGUUGUGACGUUAGCUAAAGCUGAAUGUGUUGGAAUUAAUGAAUGGCAAAGAGAAUAUACUUGGUUUCCUGGUUAUGCAUGGAAAAAUUGUAUGUGCUCUCAUUAUGGUCACCAUUUAGGAUGGAUGUAUGAGCCCUUAGCAACUGCCAAUAACAGACAGUCAUUUCCUUCAAGUGAGGGUUUUUAUGCAUUGAUAGUGGACGAUAUCAUAUCAGAGAGCUUUGCAGAUUCCCUUAUUUUACCAAAGUCAUCUUGGUGAAGAUUGUGGAGUAGUUCUAGAAAACAAUACGAAAAUAUCACAAAGUUCUCCAUAUCUACAGUGUUUUUCUUCACUGGUUUUCAACAGUGUAAAGUUAGUUGCAUAGGUUGAAGAAACAGCAAGUGGAAGCAGUCAUGGAUUCAGAAAGUAAUGAUAAUAGUGUUAGCAAUUCAUCAGAAGAUAUGUUGACAGAGGAGCAGAGACAGUUUAUUGAAAUGUGUGAGACAGAAUUCUCAAAUAGAUUUACAGAAACUGAUGAAGAAUAUUGUAAAGUACAAAAGACAAGAAUGUCACCUCCAAUAGUUGAUCCGUGGUACAACAAACCUAGGCGUAAUUAUGACUGGCCUGCUCGAGAAGGAAGUGGACAUCGCAGGAAUCCAUCGUGGCGUAGUGAGAGAUGGCAAUCUCAAGGUGUUUACCAGCAUCCUAGACAGGAUCACUAUUAUGACAGAAGACAUAGGCCUUAUUGAUAGACACCUCUGGUUUUUUUUAUAUAAAAGUCUGCCUGUGCAACUCAUUUUGUAAGUAAAUGUUUUGUAGUGUGAAAUAAACAGUAAGGGCAUGCAGUGAUUUAUGUACAAUCAAUAAAGGCAUGUUAAUGUUUGUCCAUCUGAAA